AUGGUAACUAAUAAAGGCGAUUGUACAACAAAUUUGCAGGGUUUUAGCCAACACACACCGAUAACAGUAAAUGCAAAAGAUGGCACAGAAGCGAGCAAAAGUGAUGAGGUGACAAAUUUGAAAAGACUGAAUGAACAUUUACUGACUACAAUUACCAAUGAUAGAAAAGAAAUAGACGGGUUGAAAAACAAAUUGAGAUUGUGUGAUGAUGCCAAUAACAAAUUGCUUGAAACGGUGACGUCAGAUAAAAACAAGUGGAUUUCUUGUGAAAAGGAUAUGAAAGGUACAAUUUCAGAGUUAGAAUAUAAGCUCAAAGAAGCCAGAAAUUUGAGUGAGAAUCAUGAAAUGUUGUUCAGUCAAUUGGGACGAGAAAAAAGUCUGUUGGAAAAUAGGUUGAAAGAAAGUAGUGAUGUAAUUCAGGAAUUACAAGGGCUUAAAAGUGAGCUUGAUCAAACAAAACAAUUGAGUGAGAAUCUUGGAAAAUUGUGUGCUCAAUUAGGGCAGGAGAAAAAUGAGCUGGAAAAUAAUUUGAAAAAAUCCAAUGAUGUGAUUAAGGAAUUACAAAAUAAAGUGACCGAGGAUAGGAGCUUGUGGGAUGCUUCCAAAACAAAAUUGGAAGGAACAAUUGUGGAGGUAGAAAAUAAGCUUGAUUCUGUGGUGCAGGAAAGAAAUGUAUUGAGUCAGAAACAUAAGGACUUAUGCGGUAGCUACAGAAAUGAAAAAAAAGGGUGGAAAAAAUGCAAUGGUGGUGCUAAUAUGAAAUUAAAAGCAAAGAUGACUGAGAAUCAGGGAUUGUGGGAUUCAUAUAGGGUGAAUUUGGAAGGAAAAGUCGCGGAGCUGCAGAAUGAGAUGACAAAUUCGAAAAGCCUGAAUGAACGUUUACUGACUACAAUUACCAAUGAUAGAAAAGAAAUAGAUGGGUUGAAAAACAAAUUGAUAAUGUGUGAUGAUGCCAAUAACAAAUUGCUUGAAACAAUCACUUCAGAUAAAAACAAGUGGACUUCUUAUGAGAAAAAGAUGAAAAGUACAAUUUCAGAGUUAGGGCAGGGAAAAAACGAGCUGGAAAAUGAUUUGAAAAAAUCCAAUGAUGUGAUUAGGGAGUUACAAGAUAAAAUGACUGAAGAUAGGAGCUUGUGGGAUGCUUCCAAGACAAAACUGGAAGCGACAAUUGUGGAGGUACAAACUAAGCUUGACACUGUAGUGAAGGAAAGAAAUGAAUUGAGCCAGAAACAUGAGGACUUGUACACUAGCUACAGAAAUGACAAAAAUGAAUUGAAAAAAUGCAAUGAUGGUGCUAUGAAAUUAAAAGCAAAGAUGGCUGAGGAUAAGGGAUUGUGGGAUUCAUGUAGGGCGAAUUUGAAAGGAAAAGUUGCACGGCUGCAAAAUGAGAUCCUUGACGAAAGAAAAUCUAGCCAGAAACACCAAGAAUUGUUGACUAAAUUGAGGCAAGAAAAAAUUGAGAUGGAAAAUAAGUUCAUAAAAAUCAAUGAUACUACUAAGAAAUUGAAUGCAAAGAUUACUGAAGAUAAGCUGUUGUGGGAUUCUUGUCAGGAGAAGUUGGAAAAACAGGUUUCAGAGCUACAAAAUGAGCUUAAUGAAGCAAGGGUAUUCAGCCAAGGACGUGAAGAACUGUGCAGUGAGCUGAGACGAGCAAAAACUGAUUUGGAAGAAAAAGUUUUACAGCUCGAAGGUGAUCUUAAUGAAGCAAGAAUUUUGAUUAAGAAACAUGAAGAAUUGCUCUCUGAAUUAAUGAAAGAAAAGAACGAAAUGCAAAAUAAGGUAACAGAAUGCAAUGAUGAGACUGAAGAAUUGAAGGCAAAAUUGGCUGAACGUGGGUUCUUGUGGGAUUCUUCUAAGACAGAGUUGGAAGCCACUGUUGCAGGGCUGCAAAAUGAGCUCAAAGAAACAAGAUUGUUGAGCCUGAAACAUGAAGAAGCAUGCAUUCAACUAAGGCAUGAGAAAACAAAAUUGGAAGACGAGUUGAAAGACUUGGAUGAUACGAAUGAGGAAUUACAUGCCAAAAUGACUGAAAACGGUUGGCUUUGGGAUACUUGUAAGGCGAAUUUAGAAGGUACAGUAAUAAAGCUGCAGAAAAAGCUUAAUGAAACAAAGAUUCUGGCCCACAAUAAUCAAGUCUUAUACAAUGAAAUAAGUAGAGAAAAAAGUGAGAUGGAAACUAAUUUUCAUCAAUCCAUCAAUGAAGCUAAACAAUUAAAGGAUAAAAUAGCUGAAGAAGGGCACUUGUGGGAUAUAUCUAAGCGAGAAUUUGAAGUUACAUUUGCAAAACUGCAAAAUGAGCUUAAUGAAGCGAGAAUGUUAAGCCAGAAGCAUGAAGAUUCGUGGUCUCAGUCAGAACAGGAAAAAACUGAGUUGGAAAAUAAUUUUAAUCAAUCUAUUAAUGAAAUUCAGCAAUUAAAGGAAAAAUUGGCUGAAGAUAGGCACAAGUGGGAUAGUUAUAAGAGAGAAUUUGAAAUUACAAUUGCAAAACUGCAAAAUGAGCUCAACGAAGCGAGGAUGCUAAGCCAGAAGCAUGAAGAUUUGUGGUCUCAAUCAGAACAAGAAAAAAAUGAUUUGGAAAAGACUCUUAUAGGGCUACAAAAUGAAGUUGAUGAAACAAAGAUUUUGACAGUGAAAGACCAAGAGCUGUGUAAGGUGCUCAGAGAAGAAAACAAUCGGAUAGGAAAUAAGUUGAAACAAUGCAAUGACAGUAUUGGGAAAUUAAAUACAAAAGUUAAAGAAGACCAGCUAUUGUGGGUUUGUAAUAAGGAGGAUUUGGAAAGCAGAGUUGCAGUUGUGCAGUAUGAGAAAGAGACAUUGAUCCAGGAAUAUAAAGCUCUGUGGGCCCAUUUAAGAGAUGAAAAAUAUGAGUUGGAAGAAAAACUGAAAGAAUGCAACGAUAGGAAUAAGGAAUUGCAUGCACAGAUGAGAGAAGAUUGCCGCUUGUGGGAAGCUUGUAAGGCAAAAUUUGAAAACUCUGCUGCAAGGCUACAAAAUAAUUUUAAUAAAUCCAUUAAUGAAAUUAAACAAUUAAAGGAAAAAUUGGCUGAAGAUAAGCACAUGUGGAAUACUUCUAAGGGAGAAUUUGAAGUUACAAUUGCAAAACUGCAAAAUGAGCUUAAUGAAGCGAGAAUGUUAAGCCAUAAGCAUGAGGAUUUGUGCUCCCAAUCAGAACAUGAAAAAUAUGAGUUGGAAAAGACUUUUAUACGGCUACAAAAUAAGCUUGAUGAAACAAACAUUUUGAGAGAGAAAGACCAAGAAUUGUGUAAUGUGCUAAGAGAAGAGAAUAAUUGGUUAGGAAAUAAGUUGAAAGACUGCAAUGAUAGGAUUGCGGAAUUAAAUAAAAAUAUUGAAGAAGACGAGAGGUUGUGGGUUACUAAUAAGUCUGAUUUGGAAAGAAAAGUUGCAGGUCUGCAGUCUGAGAAAGGGGUAUUGAGCAAGGAAUAUAAACUUCUGUGGGCCCAUUUAACAGAUGAAAAAGAUGAGUUGGAAAACAAACUGAGAGAAUGCAAAGAUAGGAAUAUGGAAUUGCAUGCACAGAUGAGAGAAGAUUGCCGCUUGUGGGAAGCUUGUAAGGCAAACUUCGAAGACUCUGUUGCAGGUUUACAAAAUAAGCUCGAUUUGAUGACUAAUGAAGGAAUGAUUUUGAGCCAAGAAUAUGUAGAACUGUGCAUUGAAUGCGAAUUUUUGAAGGCACAGCUGGGAGAUUAUAAUGAUAUACUAAGCUCUAUGGAAGAUGAAACAAGGAGUCUAAUCUCUCUCUCAGAGAGCAAUGCAAACACAGUGGAGGCCUUGCAAACUCAAGUGCGAAUGAUCACCCAUGAACAUACACAUUUGAGCAUGAAAUAUGAAGAACUUACAAAUGAAAAUGAAUCUCAGAAAUUAAAAUUGGAAAAUUAUAAUCAUAGGCUUGAUUCAGUGAAAAAUGAGAGGAACUCACUUAGAUCUACGUCAGAAAGUAGGGAGGAGGCUUUGCUCCAAGAAAAUGGUUCAUUGAAACAACAAGUCCAUGAGCUUCAAAGCAAGUUGGGUAUGUGGGCUAAUGAUUACAAACAAGUUCCCACUGAUGAUAUGCUCGAUUCAGAAACAGAGGAGAGGCAAUUACUCACAUCUCUAUCAGAAACCAGUGAUAAAGUGAUGGAAGAUCCGGUUAUAGAGAACAGAACAGUGAAACGAGAAGCCCUUCAACUUUAUCAAGAAAACCAACAAUUACAAAAGGACAUAUCUAGUAAAAAGUCAUUAAUUCAAACAAAAGAUGGAAAUAUUACAGAAUUGAAUGCAAAAAAGAUUAAACUUAAGAAUGCUGUCGAAGUGUUGGAAGAGAUUGGAAGAAAAAAUACCCAAGUACUGAAAGAAUAUGGAGGUAUAAGGGAAGAGCAAGUGACGAGAAAGGAAAGUGAGGAGAAAAGGAAGGAGGGCAGUGGGAGGGUUUCACAUCGAAAUCAAACAGCCUUUAUUGGUAAUUUGAUGUCUUGCAUUCUUCUAGAUAUUGAGAAGUCUGACGUAAGCAGAUGCUUGUCAACUGCCACAAAAAAUAUCAUUCUUCCUUCUGAUGCACUACUUUGUGGAUGUCCUUAUGGCUGGUUUGGUGGGAUAGUAUAA